CGCAAAAGUUUAGCCAUGGACAAAACUAGUGUCGAUUGGUCCAACCUUCCCCAAGACCUCCUUGGCUCCAUCGGAAACCGCCUUCACGCCAGCCAUGACAUCCUCCGUUUCCGCGCAGUCUGUAACUCAUUUCGAUCCUCACUUCCUUCUCCAACAAAACCUCUCCCCCCGCUUUCAAAUCACAAAAUUUUGUUUCCGAACGGCGUAACAACACAAACUGGCUGUAGAGGACUCCUGGUGAUUUCCGAGAGCACGAUUUACGCAGUCGAAUCCCUGGAAAGAGUCUCCGCCACGCAAGAAACCCCCGAAACGUGGCUGAUCAAAGUCCAGGAAUCAAUCUCCGGAAAAGUCAGAGUUCCGGAUCAGCUCUUCAGGAUUUGCUUCCGAAACUUUCCCCAAUUGUUACCGAAAUGCUUGAACUUGCUUGACUAUCAAGUGAAGGAGUUAACUCAAGUUUACCAGCUCGAAAUGGAAUCCAAAAAAAGGUCGCCUCCUUGCUUCAGAAAAGUUAUUGUAUCGCGCGAUAGUGAACUCGCAGUCAUGGCGUUAAUCAAUGGAGGAAGAGUGGACGUGUGGAGAAGUCGAAACAAUACGUGGGCGACCAUCGAUAAAAUCGGUGGCGAUGAUUUUUAUUUCGAAGAUAUUAUUUAUCACAACAAGAAAUUCUACAUUUCGGGCUCAAAUGGUCGUACUAUAACGGUUGAUCCUAAGUCUUUGAACAUUACUGAAGUUGCAGCUCCGAUUACCAAAUCGAAUCGAGGGUUAAUGUGUUUCGUGAAGUGGCACGAGGAUUUAUUUUUGAUCGACAAGUAUUGGUUGGAGAAGUAUAAUAAAUUUGGUUUUUCCGUAGACUGUGACAGCGAGCGUUCUGCCGCUCGUUUGGAUGUUUAUAAGCUUGAUGAAGAGAAGCGUGAGUGGAUUAAGGUGAAUGAUGGAUUGAAAGAUCGAGCAUUGUUUCUGAGUGAAGAAUGUUCAAUUUUUCUGCCGGCCGAAGAGUUCUAUGGAUGUAAAGGGAAUUGCAUUUAUUUGUUCGAUAAGGAUUUGUCCAGGGCUGUUAAUAUUAAGAUUUUUGACUUGGAGAAUGAUACUGUUAGAUAUGUGUUUCGAAAUUAAAGUGUUUAUUG